CGGCCGGGACAAAGGGGCAGGCCAGACCGCCGUGACAGAGAAACUAGGCGGUCCGCUCCUGGGACGCGGUCUCGGGGGCGGGUUCGCCCCUGAGGCCCGGUGACCCUUCGCCCGCAACCAGGGCUAGCGCGUGUGUGCGCCCACGGAAGCACCCGAGCGACCGGAGAAAGAAAAACGGGUCAAGGGGACCUCCUUCCAGCUCUACGCGCCUCUCAUUCAGAGAGGUGAGGUCAGGAAAGGGGAAGGACGAAGCCCCAGAGCAACAGAAGUCAGGCGGUGCCAGGAACACUGAGGGCGGAGCCAGGGGAAGGCGGCCGAGCGCGGCCCCCUCUCCUCCCGGGCCGGGGCGGGCCCGAGGCCUCGAUCCGCCUUCCCCGCGCCGUCCUGGUCACGGCCCUGCGGGGCAGCCAUGCCUGGCCGUCUGCUGCGGGGCCUGUGGCAGCGAUGGCGCCGUUACAAGUACCGCUUCGUUCCCUGGAUCGCACUGAACCUAAGCCACAACCCGAGGACUCUCCGAUAUGUUCCAGAGGAAUCCAAAGACAAAGUUAUCUCAGAUGAAGAUGUCCUAGGAACAUUACUGAAAGUUUUCCAGGCUCUAUUCUUAAAUGAUUUCAAUAAACAAUCAGAAAUCUUGACUAUGCUUCCAGAAUCUGUUAAAUCAAAAUAUCAAGACCUACUGGCAGUUGAACAUCAAGGGGUGAAACUGCUUGAAAACAGACAUCAACAGCAAAGUACCUUUAAACCAGAAGAAAUUCUUUACAAGACUUUGGGUUUCAGUGUUGCCCAAGCAACUAGCUCAUUGAUUUCUGCUGGAAAAGGUGUCUUCGUUACUAAAGGAUUGGUACCAAAAGGCGCAGUCGUAUCAAUGUAUCCUGGUACAGUAUAUCAGAAGUAUGAGCCGAUCUUUUUCCAGUCCAUUGGAAAUCCGUUUAUUUUUAGAUGCCUGGAUGGGGUACUCAUUGAUGGGAAUGACAAAGGGAUAUCAAAAGUUGUGUACAGAUCUUGCAAUGGGAGGGAUCGACUCGGCCCUUUAAAAAUGAGUGAUAGUACAUGGCUAACGUCAGAAAUUCAUAACCCUCUGGCUGUGGGACAGUAUGUCAACAAUUGUUCCAAUGACAGAGCAGCUAAUGUCUGUUAUCAGGAAUUUGAUGUGCCUGCAGUUUUCCCUAUAGAACUGAAGCAGUAUCUUCCAAACAUUGCCUACAGCUAUGACAAACAAAGGUGACAUGACUGUCUAUGUAGAAAACUCCAAAGAAUCAACAAAAAAUCGCCGGUAACUAAUAAGCACUUACAGCAAAGUUUCAGGAGACAAGGUUAAUAUACAAAAGUCAACUGCUUUCCUAUAUAACAGCAAUGACGAUUGAAAUUUGAAAUUUAAAACACAAGACCAUUUACAUUAGCACCCCAAAAUUAAAAUACUUGGGUAUAAAUAUAACAAAAUAUAUGCAAAAUCUGUAUGAGAAAAACUACCAAACUCUGAUUAAAGAAAUCAAAGAAGAACUUAACGAAGAAAUAUUCUAUGUUCAUGAAGGAAGACACUUCAUUGUUAAGACGUCAGUUCUUCCUAGCUUGAUCUACCGAUUUAGCACAAACCCAAUCAAAAUCCCAGCAAGUUAUUUUGUGGGUAUCAACAAACUAAUUUUAUAUGGAAAGGCAAAAUACCCAGAAUAGCCAACAUAGUAUUACGAAAAGAUAAAAUCAAAGUACUGACAGUCCCCAACUUCAAGAUUUACUAUAAAGCUAUAGUAAUCAAGACAGUAUGGUAUUGGGGGGGUGGGGAAAGACAAAUACAUUAAAGGAACAGAAGAGAGAGCCGAGAAAUACACCCCAUGGGUACAGUCAACUGAUCUUUAACCAAAGAACAAAGGCAAUUCCAUGGAGGAAGAAUGUCUUUUCCACAAAUGAUGCUAGUACAACUGGACAUCCACAUAAAAAAAAAGAGAAAUGAAUCUAGACAUAGACCUUACUCCUUUCAAAAAUUAACUCAAAAUGGAUCACAGACCUAAAUGUAAAUGCAAAACUAUAAAGCUCUUAGAAGACAACAGUAGAAAAUCUAGGUGACCUUAGGUUUGGCAAUGAUUUUUUUAAAUAAAAUGCUAAAAGUGUGAACAAUCAGAUGAAAUUCUAAGUUGGACAUCAUUAAAAUUAAAAACUUUUACUCUGCAAACACACUGGCAAGGGAAUAAAAAGACAAGCCUCAAAAUGGAAGAAAAUAUUUGCAAAACAUGUAUCUGAUAAAGGACUAGAAUCCAAAAUAUACAAAUAACUCCUUAAACUCAACAAGAGUACAAACCACCCAAUUAAAAUCUGGGCAAAAAAUCUGAAUGAACACCUGAAAAAAAAACACACAAAUGGCAAAUAAGCAUAAGAAAAGAUGGUCAACAUCAUCCUCAUGAGGGAAUUACAAAUUAAAACAAUAAAGAGAUGGCAUUAAAAACUA